GGCAACGCGAGUUAAUAUUUAAUUAUCAAUCAAAACAAUAGUCCCAACAAAAUAAAGAAUUAAUUCUUCUUUCAGCCCAGAUUCUUUAAUUAUCGCGAAUUUAUUAAUCAAAUAAUCCUAAAAAACUCUUUGUCAUAAUUCUAAUAUGAAUGCAGAGUUUCAAUUUCUUGGACAUCAGCGUGGUUGGAUUUUGUUUCAUAUUCAAAAGUUUAUUCAUAGCCACAGAAGACAACUCCUUCGCCCCUGCGAUUUGAGCGAAAUAUAUGCAUUGUACAGCAGUCUUAGAUCGACGUAUCACCAUCCUAUCUACAACAGAUACAGUUUAUAUUGGGUAUUAGGAUACAUAAUUGAGCAAACGUACAAAUCAAAGAUUGAGGAUAGCGACUUCGUCCUCUUAUUACUACACUCCCUUUUAGAAAACGAUGGACACAUAGGAUUUCUUUUCACUUUAAGCGAAGAUUUGACAUCAAGUUUUCAAAGUAGUACUAUCCUCGGGUACUACUUGGAACAUGCUAACAGGAAGGCAGUACUUCUUGGCGAUGUUCGGAUACCAUGCGCCAAAGUAUUUGAUGACUACCACUGGAUAUAUCCCCUAGAGUUUGCCAUUCAGUUAAAAUCACCAGUGAUUCUGCAUGAGCUUCUUAGGUAUGGCGCCAUCUGGUCUCACGAAAGCUACAGAUCUUGUUUGCGUUCCAAGAACUUAAACCCAAACAUGUACAUUAGGGACAUUUGUCGAGAUCUACUUAGGCAGAUUGUCCACUCAUUUUCGCUUCAUAAUCCAGAACUGGAUCAUUUAUAUAAUCUGAAUAUUCACGAACGCUCUUCUUGCGAGAAGCUUAUUUCAUGCGGAACUUUGAUUCUAAGAGAUUCGGGACUGUACAGUAGCAAGAUGUUUCGCAGAAAGAAGAUUGGCGAAACGUACUUGGCAAAUUCGCAAAUGGUAUCUACACUAUUGGCGAAAUUGGGUACUGUUGCAUGGCCAAGUUUUUCAGAUCGCUUUAACCAACCAAUGACUCUCAAACACACUAGCAAACUCACAAUAAGAAGAAUUCUGAAUGGUAAUUGGCAUCUGCCGCAGGGUAUAUAUCAUCUCAGUUUACCUAGGUGCCUUGAAAAAUACUUAGAUUUAGUAGAAGAUUAACACGGUAACUUUAAU